CUUUUUCACUCUCUCUACGCAUUUCACGACCACCCUAUGCCGUCGUCUAAUUCCGGCGAGAGCCGCCGAGCGUCCAAGCCUCAGAACUCGGCCGGAGCUCCGCCUCCGCCAGAGCAAGAGAACCUCCCGUGCCCGCGCUGCGACUCCACCAACACCAAGUUCUGCUACUACAACAACUACAACUACUCCCAGCCCCGCCAUUUCUGCAAGUCCUGCCGCCGGUACUGGACUCACGGCGGCACCCUCCGCGACAUCCCCGUCGGCGGUGGUAGCCGGAAGAACGCAAAGCGCUCCCGCACCCACCACGUCGCCGCCUCGUCAUCCUCCUCCGCCGUGACGUCGGCGCAGGAGCACCCCUUGCCGGCAAUGGCCCCCAUGGCGGUAACGCAAGGGUUCGGGGGUGGAGUUGACGGUGACGUCAAACAGAAUGUGAACGUUUGUGGGAGCUUCACUUCGUUGCUGAACAACACCCAAGGUUCUGGAUUUCUGGCCCUGGGUGGAUUUGGGCUUGGGCUUGGACAUGGGUUUGAAGACAUGGGCUUUGGAAUAGGGAGAUCGGGUUGGGGUUUCCCUGGAAUGGUGGAGGGCAAUAACAUUGGCGGCGCCGUUGCUGCUUCUGGCGUUGGGAACACGUGGCAGUUGGAAGGUGGUGAGGGUGGAUUCGUUGGUGGAGAUUGCUUCUCUUGGCCUGGGCUUGCCAUUUCAACACCUGGAAAUGGUCUGAAAUGA